CUUCCUUUCCUUCCGUUGAAAGUUGAAACUGGAAAGCGUGUGAUCAUAACUAACCGGAGAGAAAAGAUAGCACCCAUCACUAGUGUUUCAUUUGGGCCUCUGCGGUGCUCUCUGCGUCUCAUGACCCUAAUGGAUGAAACAAAUGGUUGGAACAGCAACAACAAGAGUUACUCAAGAGGAAAAAAAGAUGACCUUUACCAUGUCCUUCAUAAGGUUCCUUAUGGUGAUAGUCCCUAUGUCAGAGCUAAACAUGCUCAGCUGAUAGAAAAGGACCCGGAAGCUGCAAUUGUAUUGUUUUGGAAGGCCAUAAAUUCGGGGGACAAAGUGGACAGUGCUUUGAAGGAUAUGGCAGUAGUAAUGAAGCAAUUAGAUAGAUCUGAAGAGGCCAUUGAAGCCAUAAGUUCAUUUAGAGGCCUUUGCUCUAAACAAUCCCAAGAGUCCCUUGAUAAUGUAUUAAUAGAUCUAUACAAGAAAUGUGGAAAAAUAGAUGAGCAAAUAGAAUUGCUGAAGAGAAAGCUAAAAUUGAUCUACCAAGGGGAGGCCUUCAAUGGGAAACUCACUAAGACAGCACGGUCUCAUGGCAAGAAGUUCCAAGUUUCUAUUAAACAAGAAACUUCAAGAUUACUGGGAAACUUGGGCUGGGCCUACAUGCAAAAAAUGAACUUCAUGAUGGCCGAGGUUGUGUAUCGGAAGGCCCAAAUGAUUGAUCCAGAUUGUAACAAGGCUUGUAACUUGGGCCUAUGCCUGAUUAAACAAGCCAGAUAUGAAGAGGCACAAGAGAUUCUUGAAGAUGUAUUGAAAGGAAACCUUCCAGGCUCAGAAGACACCAAGUCAAGGAAACGGGCCCAAGAUCUGCUAACAGAGUUGAGAUCCAUGCUACCUCCACCUCAUCUGUCAGAUCUUUUGGGCCUGGAUGAUGAGUUCAUCAAAGGCUUGGAACAGUUGAUGAAUGAAUGGGGUCCAGUUAGAUCAAAGAGACUUCCAAUUUUUGAGGAGAUUUCUUCAUUUAGAGAUCAAUUAGCGUGUUAAGUUUUUACUUUGUAUAUAACUUUCUUAGAUUGGGUCGGUUAAUAGGUGUGCAUGAAGAACUAGUUUCCUUUCUCUUUUUUCCUACUUUUCAUGGAGUGGAGGGUGUUGUUUGUUUUUUUGGAAGAGAGGUACAACAAUGUGAGGAAUUAAUUUGAGUGAAUAUCCUGAUGUAAAUUAAUAACGAGACUGAGUGAUAGGUUAUUUUAAAAUUGAAUACAAUUAAUUUUGAUAUAAUUACUUUUUUAAAUU